AUGACCAGUGUGGCUGGGCGGGACGUGGGGGCAACUGUCGUGGACGUGGGUCUGGGACACGAGCUGGCCCCCACGGUCCCUUUCCUCGCUUGGGAAGCGGCCGGCGCGGGGCAAGGCACGGAAGGGCCUCUCCUCGGCCUUUGGGAGGGAACCGAGUGCGCGGAUGACCGGGCCGAGAGGCGACUCUGGCCCGGGAGCCGAAGGCACCUCCCCGCCCCACCAGGGGAGGCCCCUCCGGAGCAGUGUGGCCUUUUCCCUGCGGAGGAGGUUCGGGGUCUUGAGCGGCAGGUGCUGGAGUUUACUGCCCCAGAUAACAGCAUCUUCUGGAAGAGUAUUCCGUGGGAGGCGGAAAUGUGGCUGCGUUCAGGGACCGACGAUUCUGGGCAUCGGAUGAUAAUUACAACAACAGGUGGAGGAAUUGUAUGCCAGCUGCUGCUGAACCGGUUUACACGUGUGUUCCUUCAUCCUCACAACCCUGAGCGAGAGAUGCUUUUGUUAAAUCCAUUUUCACGCUGGUGUAGCCAAGGCCCAGAGUUUAACUCGACAGGAUUCCGGGAGGAACAGAAGUGCUCACGGGUCUGUGACGACGAAAGCCACAGGACGACGGCGGUUAAGCAAGAAGACAGAAGGUGGUUGGGAACUUCGUGACUCUCUUGAACAGUGGUGCCAGCCCUAGAUGAUUUACCUGAGGACUUCUUGAUAAAUGACAUACUUACCCCAGAGAAAAACUAGACUUUUCUGUUGCGGCGAGUCCCGUCCUAACUGACCACCCGGCGGGUAAGUAGCAGCCCCUGCUGUGUGCCACUGCACUUGUCACCACGUCACGUACUAGCCCCGAAAGUCCUCGUAAUGAUCGCAUGAGAUAGACCAGACGUUCUCCAAGCGUGGUCCCCGAGCCAACAGCGUUAGCAUGACCUGGAAACUCGCUGGAGAUACUAAUUUGGGUGCCUGACCCCAGACCUUCUGAAUCAGACUCUGGGAGCAAGGGUCCAGCAAUCUGUUUUAACAAGCCUUCCAGGUGAUUCUAAUGCAUGCUGAAGUUCGACAGAUUCAUCUCUGUGGAUAGAGUACUGUCCCUAUUUUACACAUAAGUAGACGGAGCCGAACUUAAGUGACUUGCCAGUGUCCUAAAACUAGUAAGACGAACUACUAGUGUUUCUAUAAUGACCACAUUACAUCCCAUGUUAAGAACUCCUAUUCUAGAGAAGUGAUCUCCAGAAUUUGAAAGCAUACCCCUUUGAGAGAUAACAGAUAGUGCACCCCCUUGAACAUUUUUACCUUGACAUAUAAAAUUCUCCAUCACAAGUUUAAACGAUGGUAAAGAAUUUGAUUGCCAGUAGAUUGUAAAUGAUGACAUUUUAGAAUGUGUUCCGACACUCUCCUAAAUUAAAAAAAAAUUUUUUUUUAAUGUUUACUUAUUUUUGAGAGAGAGAGAGAGAGGGAGACAGAGCACAAGUGGGGGAGGGCAGAGAGAGGGAGACACAGAAGCAGAAGCAGGCUCCAGGCUCUGAGCUGUCAGCACAGAGCCCGACGCAGGGCUCGAACUCACAAGCCGCGAGAUCAUGACCUGAGCCGAAGUCGGACGCUUAACCGACUGAGCCACCCAGGCGCCCCUAACACUCUCCUAAAUUUAUCCAGUGGAAUCUAAAUACCAUAGUGGUGAUUAGUUUAAAUGAACUAUCAUCCAUUUAUUUAUUUAUUUAAGUUUAUAUAUUU